AUGGAGCACUCCGGCUACAGUGGUGUGGGGACAUCAGUGUUCCUGAUCCUGGCAGCCACUGUGGACAAUGCCAGUGUGGUUCUGCAGAUUGACAAUGCCCGACUGGCCGCUGAUGACUUCCACACCAAGUACAAGACAGAGCUGAACAUGCGCAUGAGCGUGGAGUCUGACAUCAACGGCCUGCGCAAGGUGCUGGACGAGCUGACCCUGGCCAGAACUGACCUGGAGAUGCAGGUCGAGAGCCUCAAGGAGGAGCUGGCCUACCUGAAGAAGAACCAUGAGGAGGUGAGAGCCAAAGAGAAAAGCCAGCUUAAAAGGGUGGAUGGAUGGGCUGGAGAGAUGGCACCUUUUCUGCCUCUGCAGGAAAUGGCCUCCAUGGACGCCACUCCUGGUGUGGAACUGAGCCGCAUCCUGAACGACAUGCGUGAUCAGUAUGAGAAGAUGGCAGAGAAGAACUGCAAGGAUGCCGAGGAGUGGUUCGUCACCAAGGUGGGUGUCCUUUAG